UCGUCAUAUGUUGCCUAUAUGGGGCAUUUGAAGCUCUUUGAAUUGGAGGCACCAUGAAGGUUCGGAAGUUGACCGUUUGUCACACUUGCAGGGCACGGAAACUGGGGUGUGACGGAAAACGUCCCUCGUGCUCUCAGUGCGCAGGAACCAAGAUCGAGUGUGGAGGCUAUCAGUAUGACCUCGUCUUCAUACCGUCGCAGCUCUCCAUAGGAGCGCCAACGAAGCCCAAAACACGCAAAGACGGGAAAAUCACAAAGAAACAACGCAAAUGCACAACUUCACAAACAAAUACUUCCACCCAUGCCAGCGACGAGCUAUUCCACGAAAGCCGACCGGUAAUCGCAGAUGCACCUUGCGUGGUGAGGCCAUCCCUUGCCUGGCCCUUUCAGGACAUCAUCUCGCUCGUUGUGCAGAACUUCUCGCCAACGGUGCUCUCGAGCAACUCUGCAUUCAUGAACUGGGAUGUCGAUAUUCACCCUCGGGUCUGCGGGGCCUGGAUCGAGCUUCUGCCAGUUUUGUCCUUGAGUCGGCAGCAUGAGAUGGCUCUAUCUUCGUCCGUCAAGGCGCUUGGUGUAUCCAUCCUGGCCAGGGGCCGUAAUGGGAUAGCACCCAUCUCGGAUGCUUUAACUGCACAUUGUUUGGCCUUGCAUGCGCUGCAUGACAGCCUACAUGACAUCUCACGUACUGCAGACUCGGAUGUCUUGGCCGUGGCCAUCAUGUGCCUCAUGAUCUCGGAGCUUAUCCUGCCGACUGCCGUCUCCAGCAGCGCGGCUCAUGCCGCUGGUUUAAGCGAUCUGAUUCAGCUGCAUAGUCCAGAAGCCUAUUCGAGCGGGCCAUCCCACAGGAUAUUUAUUGGCCUUCGCCCCGCCAUUAUCAUCCAUUCGAUUCGCAACAAACAUCCCACGUUUCUUGCCUUACCUUCAUGGAGGACUGUCCCUUUCCAAUAUGUCCAAGCAAACUCAUUCCAUGCUCUCAUGACAGAGGCCACAGUAAUUCCGUCUAUACUAGUCGAUAUCGAUAGACUCAAGUAUGGCUUACCCGGUGCAAAAGCUCCCCUUGCGAUCCUGGGGGAUCUCAGAGACCUCCUCGAAGCCCUCGCCAACUGGAAUGUCUCAUCCCCAGGUCUUACCAACAAACCAUCCUUCCGCGUCCUGGGCAAGAUUCCCAACAAAGCUCAUCUAUGGUUUCCUGACAUUACUACAGCAAAUGCCAUGACGCACUACUGGACGUUCUGGAUAAUGUGCGUCAUUUACAUCAGGAAGCUACGGAAAAAUCACCCAGAGCUACUGGAUGAAGAUCUCCUAAUCAAUGGAGAAGGCCCGGAGAGCCCGCUCAUCACUGAAAUGGCGAUUCAAAUGUCAACAUGGGUUUUCCAGAGCAUUGAAUAUUUGAUGCAAGACGAGAUGAGACUAUUUGGAGCCAUAUCUACGAUGCUACCAACGAGGAUAGCCUACCAAUUUCUCCGAUGUAAUCAUUUCUACGACCGGGAAUUGUUGUCGUGGUGUGAGCGGGUCAUUGAUGGCAUAAGGGACCGAGGGUACGAUUAUAUUGCGCAGUAUAUCUUAGAUGAUGAUGGAGUUUAA